AUGUCGACGACGAUAAACGCAAAAGAGGAUGCAUCGAUUCUCUUACCAGAGAUCGAGGUGAGCGAUUUAGUCGACGCUAUUCCGAUCGAUAUCGUCGGGGAAUUGUUCGAAGAAGAAGAAGAAGAAGACGACGACGUCUCUCGAGGAAGAGGAAGAGUCGGAGGAGGCAUGAACGCCGCAAAUUUUAAUAAAACUUCGUCGAAGAUACGAACACCAACGGAUGGAUUGAACAUCAUCCAACCUCGGCCUCCGUUCAAGACGGACUCGUUUAAUCGAGGAAGUCAGCAACAACAUCACAGAGGAGGAGGAUUAGCGGAGUCAUCCGGGGGACCGUCCUCGAAUGGGAACUCUUUAGGUGGAGGUGGAGGUGGAGGCUCGUUUCCCUCCAUACCGCCGGUGUAUUCGAUGACGAGUCCGGGCGGCAGACGAAACUCUACCGAACACUUUCCAUCCACGGCUGGCUUUGCCUUAAAAGGUGGAUCGACGAGCUCGUCCACGGAUGCCUUCGCGUUGACAUCUGACGUGGACGCGAUAUUAAAUGGAGGGAAACCUUUCGUUCCUUCUGCCGCAGGAGCGAUAUCUGCCUCAGAGCUUGCAAAGUCGACUGCGACAAUAACACCGGUUGUUCAAGGCCCGAGUGGACCGAGAAUGCCUGGACAAGGCGUCGAGGAGCAAGAACAGGUUGUUGUGUCGACCGAGACGGACGAGAAUGGUGGAGUUCGCGUGAGAGUGACGUUAUUGGCGGCUGGUUUUGUGAUUGGAAAUGCCGGCGCUUCCGUGCGCGAAAUCACGCAGCAUACGGGCGCCUCGAUUCGAUCGUGGACACAACCAGCGGAAUAUUUUUUCGGCGGUUUUGCGAGACCGACGCGAGUGUUCUGCGUGGAAGGCGAUCCAGCCGCGAUUGCGGAAGCCACGGAGUUAAUUUACGCCGCGGUCGAUCGGUACAGAGCUUUGUGCGAGAUGAAAAAGCGAGGCGAGUUUGUGCAACGCUCGCAAAAGAUUAAGGGCGUUGAGUUUUCAUUUCAACCGCCGCCGAGGCAAAUAACGCAACGGCAAAGGCAAUUGGAACAGCUUCUGAGCGCGCAAACGCAUCUUUUACAGCAUCAGACGAACGCUUUGUCUGGUGCUGCUGCUGGCAGUUCCGCAGUCGCUCUUCAACAGGCGUUUGCCCAGCAACACUUGUUGAUGCAGCAGCAAAUUGGUUUUUUGAACCAGCAAAUGAGCCAACAUCAGCAGCAAGGAUAUUUCCACCAUCAUCAACAACAACAAUACCAGCAACAACAGCACUACCAUCACCACCACCACCACCAGCAGCAACAACAACAACAACAGCAGCAACAGCACAAUAUGUUUGGCAGUAACCAAAACUACUACUAA